GAACAGCUUAUACAACGUAACAAAAAAGGAAUGGAAACGACAGGAGUGGUGAUCUUGCUGCUUCUGGCACAAUCGACACUUUCACUGGGCACCACCAGGGAAUACCACCUGGUGCAUCAGUGGAAAAACUGGACUGAAGCUCAGAGUUACUGUCGGGAGCAUUUUGCUGACCUGGCAACCAUAGAGACGGCAGAGGACUGGGACAGAGUGAAAACAAUGUUUGAUAGCAGUGGCCAACUCACAUGGAUAGGACUUUAUAAUGACAUUAACGUCUGGAAGUGGUCAUUGAACGAUACAUAUCUCUACAGAGAUGGCAACACUGAAGUUGGAGAUUGGUUUGUUUUACAAACGGACAACUACGGAGGUGUGGAGCAGUGUGUGGUAAUUAUGGGAACAGGCAUUCUAAAUGAUGUCAACUGUAAUAGUAAUUACAGUUCUGUGUGUUAUGAUGAGUCCACCAAUGAGCACAUCCAAGUUACAGAGCCUAUGACCUGGGUUUCAGCUCAGCAAAACUGCAGGGACAAAUACACGGACUUGACCAGCAUAAGAGACGAGCAAGAGAAGGAGAAGAUCAGGAGUAUGAUUGGUGGAUCACAUCACUGGAUUGGUUUGUAUAGACUUGGAUGGACGUGGUCUGACCCGAGUGACUCUUCGUUACGUUUUUGGCUAAACACCGAACCCAGUGGUGGACAGGAAAGUUGUGUACAGGCUUCACUGGAAGGGUGGGCUGAUCGUCCUUGUGACCUAGAAAUGCAUUUCAUAUGUUCAGUUCCCAUGAUGAAAGUGCUGAAGGUUGUUGUGUCAUCUGAAGGAUCUGUGGACCUGAAUGAUCCUCUAGUGCAAGAAGCUAUUUUGAACAAUAUGACGAAACGUAUGAAGGACAGCAGGAUCCCUCAGAAGUUCAGACUGAGAUGGAGGAAGCAACCAAAUGGCAAAGUCUUUAAUUAGAGCUUUAAUUACUGGAGCUUUAAUUACAGUUUGUCCUGUUGCUUCACAGCAUAAAUUGUCUAAUUUAAUUUCACCAUUUUGAAUAAAAACUGCUUAGUUUGCAUAUGUAUUAGCAGUGAACACUCAGAGGUGUGUUGUGCUUGGUGUUGAUGAAGACACAGGAGAAGUAGGUGAUGGUCCAUUUUUAAAAGAUGAUGGCAAAUCACAGUCUAAAUGGUAUCACAGUAGAUUAGAGUUAUUGUGACAUGCUGUGGCCUAGGGACAGGAUUAAACCCUGCUGAGAGGUGCUUAGUCAUUAUAAUCAGCCUUUAAAAUCAAAGCUUCUUGUUUGUUUGUUUUUUUCAUAUAGUUGUUAAGUCUAAUGUGGCAUACACACAACCAGGAUUCAAUCACAGCAAACAGUGUAAGAGAUAAGAGGACUAAAGAAAGACUGUGAAUGAGUUGCAAAACUUUCUCUGUCAACAUCUGAGGAGUUUGUAUUUACUGUACUUGCUCCUGGAGAUGCUCAUGUGGAAACAGGCAUUUUCACCUUUGUAUCAAAACUAUGACUUUUGGAAUUUUGGAAUUCAGACAGAAUACUGUUUUGGACUCUUUUUGUGUCGAGGCCUUCCUUACAGAGGAUUUAUAAGCUGUACUUCCUGUCUUUACCAAUGGCUCCUAAUUUAAUAGUGUGGUAUAGAACAGUUAUGAGUCAUUAAUUUGAAGUUUUAAGUCACCAAAUGUUAAAUAAAGAUAUUUACAGCAAUGUAUCAGUCUGCAGUUGUAAACAUUAAAGGGCAGCAUAAACAAGAAAAAGGCACAAAAUUAAUGUCACCUUUUAAGUUGAUGUGGAGAACAUGUUAGCUAACAGUCGCUUACUUACACAUUCAGCAGUUACAGAGUUUUCAUUUAUUCAUCUCAUUUGUCAUUCAUUUGGAGUCAUAUUUGUGUCCACCUGGCAAAUGAAAGUCUAAU